GAAUUAGCAUGAUCGCCUUCGGGCGAAAAAUGAAAUAUAUUGUAAUUAAGACUAACUUUUAAUAAAACAAGUCAACGAGUACUGUAAACAUUUUUACGUAACAUUAUUAAUUAUAAAAAAUGACAAAUGAAGGAAAAACUAUAAAUGAAGAAAAAUGAUAAAUGAAGGGAAAAUUAUUGGUUCACAAAAUGUCAUAAGCCUUGUUAUGGUGGCACUAAAAAACCUUCAGGAUACUGAUGGUUCCACAAUCAGAAAAAUACUCAAUUAUAUUUCUCAAAGCUUUCCUAGAAGAGCUCCGAAAAAAAGGAUAAUCGCAGCUCUAAAACGGGGAGUGGAAUUUGGAAUUAUGAAGCAAAAACGUGGUCAUUACUUUUUGCCUUCAAGUGAUGAUGUCUCGACACGAAGACUUGAGAGCUUCGAACUUCAUUCCACUAUUCCACUUUCGAUUGUACGUGCCAAUAUAAGAUCUAGAGGUGCAAAAAAAAACUCGAAGGAAACGUCAAUAUUUUUAUAUGGAUCGGGGAAAAGGUAUCAAGGUGAUGAGGAAAGAAACUGGAAAAAGACAUUCUCCGACGCAACCUUACGCUCUUUCUGAUAUGUAUUUUAAUACCGAUUACAAAGAUUCAGUAUCUUCGGUGGGUUUUAUAGAGGAUUUUCAAAACGCGGUUCAUAUUCAAGAAAAUAUUAAUUUAUAAGUUCUUCAUUUAAAUCGGUUCUGGUAUUUCUAUCAAAGGAAAUAUGUUCCAAUUUUAAGAGAGUACUAAAAAAAUUUUUUAUUUAAGAGCAUAUUAAAUUUACAGUAUGUCAUUUGAAAAGUAAUUAGGUUGAAUUGUGCAUAGUAGUGUUGUGUAUUUCAUAGGCCAUUUAA